GCCUUCUGUCUCGCCUUGGGCCGCCGCCGCUGUCACAGCCACGGCCUCCCCAGCCCGGCGCCAUGGCCGCUGCGGCCGGGGACGGCGCGGUGAAGCCCCUGCAGUGCGCCAUGAAGCUGGCCAACGGGGCUAUCGAGCUGGACACCGGCAACCGGCCCCGGGAGGCAUACGCGGAGUACCUGAGGAGCAUCCACUAUAUCUCCCAGGUGCUGCUGGAAGAAGUGGAAACCACCAAAGAAGGUGGAGACACUGUGGCCCCAGACACCUCAAAGAUGCUGAAACUGGCUGAGCAGUGUCUGGAGAGGGCCCAGUCGACAGCUGCCCAGCUCGGGAAAACACACCUGAAGCCGGCUGUGCCCGUGGCUGCUCCGGGCCCCGCAUCCACCAGUCGACAUCGCCGGGUGUACUCGGAUGAAGGGGGUAAACUAUCUCCAUUUCUGCCGCCCGAGAUCUUCCAGAAGCUUCAGGUGGUGGAGUCACAAGGUUCUAAGAAGGAGCUGACACCUCUGGAGGAGGCGUCUCUGCAGAACCAGAAGCUGAAGGCCGCCUACGAGGCACGGAUGGCCCGUCUGGACCCCAGCCAGGCCGUGCAGAAGACCUCCUUGACCUUGUCCCUGCAACGACAGAUGCUGGAGAACCUUGUGAUCGCCAAAGCCCGGGAGGAGACACUGCACAGGAAGAUGGAGGAGCGCCGGCUACGGCUCCAGGAGGCAGCCAACAGGAGGUUCUGCAGUCAAGUCGCCCUGACCCCAGAGGAGCGGGAGCAGCGGGCCCUCUAUACCGCCAUUCUCGAGUACGAGCAAGACCACGACUGGCCGAAGCACUGGAAGGCCCGGCUCAAGAAGAGCCCAGGGGACCUGUCGCUAGUGACCAGCCUGGUCUCCCACCUGCUCAGCAUCCCCGACCACCCCAUCUCGCAGCUCCUGAAGAAGCUCCAGUGUGCGGUGUACCAGACGCUAUACCCCCUCGUCAGCAAGGCCGCUGUAGGCACUGCCUCCACCCCCGGCUGCUGCUCUCUGCCCCCGGAUGCUGACGGGCUGCUGGCCCCUGGAAGCCGGCGACUCCGGCCCUCGCACAGCCUCUACUGCAUGCUCUCCCCUGCGGAGCCCAGCCCGGCCCCACGGCCCCCGGAGGGAGCCCACGCCAGUCCCCCUGUGCCCCCUCCUCACGCUGGCGCCCCAGACAGAGGACCAGACAGCAGCCCCGCGGGGCCUUCCUCACCCCUGGCUCACAGCUGGACUGGUGUGCAGGGCAAAGACAGCUCCUUUGAGGACCUCGAACACCUCUUGGCUACUUCUGAGGGGUGGGGCCGGGGGCGAGGGUGGCCACCUGAACCCCAGACAACGGGCAUGAAGAAGGAGCCGCUGCAGGAGCAGCUGAAGAGCACCGUGAAGGACAUACACAACGCCAUCGACAGGCUGCUCUCGCUGACCCUCCUGGCUUUCGAAGGCCUGAAUGCAACCGCCUCCAAGGACCGAUGCCUGGCCUGCAUCGAGGAGCCCUUCUUCUCUCCACUCUGGCCCCUGCUGCUGGCGCUCUAUAGGAGUGUGCACCGCCUCCGUGAGGCCGCCUUGAGCAGGAGCAUGGAACUCUACAGGAAUGCAUCCCCGGCCGCCAUAGGCAUUCCCAGGAAGCUGCUCCCCCGGGACCUGGAGGCCUUGGGUCCCGGUGCUUACCCCUACUGCGCGGCAGCCCAAGAGCUGGGCCUGCUGGUCCUGGAGAGCUGUCCGCAGAGGAAGCUGGAGUGCAUCGUGCGUGUGCUGCGGGUCAUCUGUGCCUGCGCCGAGGAUUACUGCCGUGCCCAGGAGGCCGCCCCUGAGGCCAGACCCCUGCUGGGUGCCACAGCCAUCGGUGCCGAUGACCUGCUGCCCAUCUUGUCCUUUGUGGUGCUGAGAAGUGGCCUCCCCCAGUUGGUGUCGGAGUGCGCGGCCCUGGAGGAGUUCAUCCAUGAGGGGUACCUGAUUGGAGAGGAGGGCUACUGCCUGACCUCACUGCAGAGUGCCCUGAACUACGUGGAACUGCUGCCCCGAGGGGCUCUGGGCAAGUAGAGGAGGACACGACCCGCUGAGGACCGGCCAGGAGUCACCCGCUCUCGAGGGGCAGUAGGCCAGCUGUGCUGGGGCUCUGCUGCUCUCACACCUGCCCUAACCUGACAUCUGUCCCCAGGGACUUGACGAGACACCUCUGUUCCUCAGAGGAUAGAGCUGAGCUCAACCAGCUCCUAGGAAGUAGGCCUGAGAGGCUCCAUGCAGGAGUAGCAGACGCUGGACUCCCCUGGGACCCGCACGUGACUCCUCACAGCCCCGCAUCUCCAUGGUCGGGAGGGGACCCUAGGCCUGGCAGAGGGCAGGCGUGGUUUCUCUCCCUUCCUAUUCCCUGUGACAGUGAGCUUCCAGCACCGGUGUCUGGUUAGGGUCAAGAAGAGGGCCAGUCCCCACCCCCUGCCUCCCACCUAGUGGGACCCAGUGGUUUGAAACCAUACUAUUUACUACUGGG